AUGCAACGAUACGAUCGAUCAACUCGAUGGACGGGUAUUCUUGAGUCGUUGCCUGGCAAUGAAUAUUAUAUCAUAGAAGGUCUGAACGAUCGUACAACGAAUAUUGAUUAUAAAUCGGCCAAUGAAGUCGGUCGCAAUGAUAAAUACUUCCUAUCCAUCUGUCUUUAUACUCAUGCUUUGUUAGAUUUAGUGAUUGUUAUGCUCGAUAUUGAGGAUUUAAAAGAAAGAAUUUAA